AUGGCAGACUCGGCGUACUCGUUCAGUCUCACGACGUUCAAUCCAUCGGGAAAGCUCCUGCAGAUCGAAUACGCACUGAAUGCUGUCAAUUCCGGUGGCAAAACGUCGCUCGGCAUUCGAUGUAAAAAUGGGGUUGUGAUCGCUACGGAGAAGAAACUGCCGACUAUUCUCGUGGACGAAGACUCGCACAAGAAGAUUUCGAUCCUCUCGGAGCCCGCAGGCAUCGUGUACAGCGGCCUUGGUCCGGAUUACCGCGUUCUUGUGCGGAAAGCGCGCAAGAAAGCGCAGACGUACUUCCAGAAGUACAAGGAGCACGCCCCUGCUGGCAUUCUCGUGCGUGAGAUUGCAGCGGUGAUGCAGGAGUUUACUCAGUCGGGCGGUGUGCGUCCGUUUGGCGUGUCGAUCUUGUACGCAGGCUAUGACGAGGAUGGACCGCAGCUGUUUCAGAUUGACCCUUCGGGGGCCUACUUUGGCUGGAAGGCCACGGCUAUUGGCAAAGACUCGGUCAGUGCAAAGACGUUUCUGGAGCGGCGUUACAAUGACGACAUGGAGAUUGAAGAUGCGAUCCAUACGGCGCUGCUGACGCUUCGUGAAGGAUUCGAGGGAGAGAUGGACGAGACGAACAUUGAAGUGGGUAUCAUCAAGGAGGACAAGAAGUUUCACGUGCUGACGCCAGCGGAGGUGAAGGACUACUUGGAGCAAGCUGAGUAA